UACUCACUCUCAUUGCCCAGAGCCCCUACUGUUCUAGAGAGCCAUUCCGCAUAACGUUAUAUCCUAGUAUUAUUAGUCUACCACUAGUACCGUCCAGAUGGCUACUACUACUACUAGCUCUAGCAGUGCCCCGGCGAACGGCACGGCACCCCACCCCCACCGUCUCCUCCUCGUCAGCGCCCCACGCACAGCGUCCAACCUGCUCGUCAAGAUCCUGAACAUACACCAGCAGCCCAACGUUCUCACCAACGACAAAGGGGGCUACUUCUUCUUCGACGCCUACACGAGCGGCAUCGGCAAUGAACGCUUCAAAACCCCCCUGAACCAAUGGCCCGAGGAGUGGCGCACCGAGCUGCGCAAUCUCUACCAGCAAAGCCUGGACAAGCUCGAAGAAUGGAGCGCCCGCGCGGCCGCCGAGAACAAGAUCAUGUUCUCUAAGGAGCACUCGUUCCUGUUCCUCAACCCGGCCAUCCUGUUCGCCCCACCCGGUGGCGGCGAUGACGCAUCAUCAUCAUCCGAGCCGAUGAGCAAAGAAGAAGAGUUCUUCCGGCUGCGCAUCCCCGCUACGGAGCGCUACGGUGGCGGCGCGCAGCAACAGACGUGGUCCGCCGGCAACCGCACGGUGCUCUCGGACGAGUACCUGCGCACGUGGCAGAUGGCCUUCCUGAUCCGGCACCCGGCGCUGGCCUUCCCGUCCAUGUUCCGCGCCGUGACCAGGAUGACGCGCGAGGGCAUCCUCAACGAGGACGGCGUGCGCGGGUCGAGCCCGAACUCGACGCUCACGCUGCGCUGGACGCGCAUGCUCUUCGACUGGUGCGCCGCGCAGGCCCAGACGAGCAACAACAACAACGGUGAUGCUGCUGCUGCUGCUGCCAUGAUGCCCCUGCUGCUGGACGCGCACGACGUCAUCCACAACCCCAAUGUUGUGCUGCGCUUUGCCGAGGCGGCGGGGUUGGACAAGGAUGCGGUGCAGUUCGAGUGGAAUGCCGAGGAGAAGAAGCUGGACUGGGGGCUGAUUGGUAAUAAUGAUUUCGGGGCGAGGUCGCAGGCUAUCAUGCUGUCGACGCUGCAGAAUUCGACGGGGAUUGUCAAGGAGAAGGCCCCGGAUGUUAUUGACAUCAAGGCGGAGGCCGAGAAGUGGAAGGAAGAGUUUGGGCCCGAAGUGGGUGGCAUGAUCGAGAAGGCGGUGCUGGAUGCCAUGCCGGAUUAUGAGUACCUGAGGGAGAAGAGGGUGCGGGCAUGAGGGGGAAAAAGGCCCGCGGGGGGGGGGAAGGACAACGGGUCGACUUCAGACUGGAUCUCACCACCACCAGCCACUAAACGAGGACUCCUCUGCAGGAGUACCCAUGGUUAUGAUCCCUACCAGCACUCUUGAUCUUGCAUGAGUGAGACUCUGGAUAGCCUCACGUAACGGCCUGAUUUAAAACGCGACGAAAAUAAAAUAGAAGCUUGAGAU